AUGGUUCGCACUCGAGCCCAAUCAUUGUUGGCGCCAAUCAGCCAGACGUCGUCUCAUCAGCAUCUGCCUCAAAACAGACGACGCAAGCGCAAGCAAUCAACCGAGAACGCGCCCGAGCCCGGCCCCGGCCCAGCUCCCAAACAGCCACGUAGGCGCAAGCAUCCGACCGAGAACGCGCCCGAGCCCGAGCCCGACCCUAGCCCAGCCUCGGACCAAGAACGCAAACACGUUGACCCCAUUGCAUUCUGGGCGGAGCGCGGACACUGGCCAGAGGAACAGGACUGGCCCGAAGACACGUCGGAGAUGGAGUCCCCCAGAGGCCGUCCACUUGCGCGAAAGAAACCUUCACCUCCUCUAUCCCGUAAGAGAUCGAACUCUACCAUCACCGGCAUUACGAACUCGACGCCCGGGCCGAGGGAGGAGAAGUCCGUCCCAUAUCAAGGCCGGCUCUUUGAGGUCUUGCUCGAGACCAAACGCAGCUAUUUGCGCGAAGAUCCUCUAGGAUUAGCCAGUGCUAACAAGGAUCUUCUUCGCUCUCUGCUCGAAACUCCGCAGCCAAUUCCAAGCGACACACUCUUUCGAGACGAUAUCUUCAAAAUAACGUGCCUGGACCUUCACGACAAAAAUGAGGCGCGGGUGAUUCAAGACAUUGCUCGGCUUAUUGUCCCUUCAGCUGCAACUCUUUCGAAAUUCGGUGCAAAGCACCUUGAUAUCCUAACGGAAACUGUCAACGAAGGGUGGAAACAUUCGAUUCCGCUUGCUAAUCCACGUCCACAACCUGAUUACGCUGUAGGUUUCAAGCGUCAAGCGUUCACCGAGGACCAGCUCAACAAAUUAUCACCAUUCAUUGGCAAUAUCUUCGACGGGGAUCAGUCACUCUUUCUAUCUACGCACUACAUGUACUUCCCAUUCCUAACUUGUGAAGUGAAGUGUGGUAGCGGCGUAUUCGAAGUCGCAGACCGGCAGAAUGCCCAUAGCAUGACCCUUGCGGUGCGGGCUAUUGUCGAACUCUUCCGUUAUAUCAAGCGCGAGGAUGAGGUCAAUCGGCAAAUCCUCGCCUUCUCCGUUUCACAUAAUGAGAAAUGGGUAUCUAUCUACGGUCACUACCCGGUAAUAAACGGGCAGGAGAAUGAAUACUACCGCUAUCCAAUCCAAGAAUUCAAUUUCACUGCCUUGGACGGGAAGGACAAAUGGACAUCCUAUCGAAUUAUUAGGAAUAUCUACGAUAUAUGGAUGCCCGCUCACUAUAAGAAGAUUUGUUCUGCUAUCGAUCAAUUGCCGGCGGAAUUGGAUCUUGCUGUCCCACCGCUCUCUGGGGCAACCGGCCUGUCCCAGGAUGCAGGCAGCUUAAUGUCGGAGGCCGACCCCGCUUCAAAGUCGGUCGAACAGGACAGCCGAUCAAGCAACGCUGGGCAGCAGGGUAUCACUCCAGACACUUCGCUUACAAGACCGGAGGCAGCAAAAAGGCGGAAGCGCCAAGUCUAG